AUGAAGGCUAUAACUUUAGACAAAGAAGAGGGCAAACUAUCUCUUAAGCUGCAAGACGUCCAAAUCCCUAUUCUUAAGCCUGGCCAAGUCUUAAUCAAGGUAGAAUAUUCUCCUAUUCAUUCUUUAGAUUUGAAUUAUAUUGAAAACGCUUUAAAUUGUCAAACCUGCACUCCAAAAAUCCUCGGCCGAGAAGGCUCAGGUGUCGUAGUUCGAUCACAUCCUCUUUCAAAAUCAUGGAGACUUGAAGGAAAACGAGUCAGUUUUAUUAAAUUAGAUGAAAAUGAAGGCACUUGAGCUGAAUAUGUCGUAUGCAACUCAAAGGAUUGUAUAAUCUUAAAUAAUGAUUUAAGCUUUAUCUCAGGAAGCUCAAUGAUGUAUAACCCUUUAGCCGUACUUAUGGUCACAGAACAGAUAAAAAAGCACAAUCAUACUUGCAUAAUACAGGCUAACUCGUUUUCUGUGCUCGGGAAAAUGAUGAUUAAUUGGAGCCGUUUUAUUGACGUCAUAUGCAUAAAUAUUGUAGAUUCAGAUGCAGAAAAAAAGAUACUUAAGAAAUAUAAAGCAGAUUAUACCUUAUUUAAUGAAUAUUUUCAAAAAUAAAAAAUAAAGAUAAAGAGGAUUUUUAGUAGAAAUAGGAAUACAUUGUAAAUAAAAACAAAGAUAAUUUCAGCACAAAGCUCACUCCCCCCCCCCUUUAAAUUGGAACAAAAUAUCGGUAAAAUUUCCACUUUUUUGGUAAAUUAACCCCCCUUUUAAAUUGGAACAAAAUUUAAUUUUAUAAUAAAAAAUUAUAUAUAAAUUUUUAUCUAAAAAGUUUUGAUAUAAGUUAAAUGUUUCUUCUUAACUAAAAUUAAAAAUUUAUUAAUAUCUUGCUCUUUUUUAAAGAAAAAAGUAUAAAGAGCAUCUUAUUUAAAUAAAUUUAUUAUCCUUAAUUGCUAAAUUUUAAAAAAAAAUUAAAUUUUUGUUUUUUUUGAUAAAAAUGAUAUUUUUUAUUUGGAUAGUUUUGAUAUAAAUUCAAUAGGAAUUCUUUAUAAAAUUUCAAAAUUUACUUAUUUCUUGCUUUAUUUUUAAAGAAUAGAGUAUAAAUAACAUCUUAUUCAAACAAAAUUAGCACUUUGAUCGAUAAAUUUUCCAAAAUUUUUUUUUUUAAUUUUUUUUAUCAAUAAAAAUAAUAAUUUUUGUGUAAAUAAUUUUGAUACCAAUUAAUAUUGGCGUAUUAACUAAUAAUGAAAAUUUAGUUAUAUCUUGCUUUAUUUUAAAGGAUAAAGAGUAAAUAGCGUUUUAUUAAACAAAUUUAUUGAUCUAAUUCGAAAUUUUUUUUUUUUAAAAUUUUUAUAUUUUUUAUAAAAAAUUUUUAUAUUGAUAUUUUUUUAAAAAAAAAAAAUUAACCCCCCCUUUAAAUUGGAACAAAAUUUUUAGUUCCAAUUUAAAGGGGGGGGAGUCAGAAAAAUUUGCAAGUCACUUCACCCAACUUGUGUAUUACAGUAUGAAAAUGAAGAGGUUGACAAUGAAAUAUUUGAUGCUUUAGAGAUCGGAGGAGAAAUGGUAAUUGUUGGGGACAGCCCAAGAGGCAAAAUAAAUGGGAUUCCAGCAGAUAAUAUGAUUAUUAAUCAGAAAAAAAUAAGAGGAAUAAGCACCAAAAUUUGAUAUGGAGAAUUAAACCGCCAAGAAAGAAGAUCCUGUUUUAAAAUCUUAUCUAUUUUAUAUAAAUAUGAUUUUUUAUAAAAAAUAAAUUUGCUAUAUAGAAAUUGAUGAAAAAUGGAAUAGAAAAUUUCCGCUUAAUUUUAAGAACUGAUUUAUCAGAAAUAUUUUCUGCGUCACAAUUAGAAAUAGCCAUCAAUUCAUUUAAAAGUUAUGGAAAGGGAGAAGCUUCACUUUUUUCUUUUAAAGGUUUGAGUGCUCAAGUUUCUGAGUCAACAUAUGAGGACAGCGAAGACAGUGAAUAUGAAGAAGAUGAUGAUUUUUUGUUUUCACUAGAAAAGCUCAUUAGACUGUACAGGCUGAAGCUAAGCCCUGAUAAGCUAGUCCCCCGAGAAAGCUUUCACAUAAAAAACAAUUCAGAUUAUAUAUAA